AUGACUGUCAAGGAUGCUGGGCCAGCUGGGGUGUCAGGUGAUUUUGAGGUACAGGAGCUUCUUGUCGUGCUUGUUGGCCAGGCGUCUGUUGCGCUGUUUGCCAGCAAAAUGCCAGGUCCAGAGGAAACAGGGCAUUGCAGGUUUGUAGUGUAG